AUGGGCUUGUUCACGCAGAAAUGGGACCCCAAAGACAAGCACUGUUAUGUGACAGGUGGGAGCACAGGACUCGGCCUGUGCCUUGCCAAGAUACUAGUCAAGAACGGGGCACAUGUAUCAAUCGUGGCCAGGAACCAGGAUAAAUUGAACCAGGCGAUAACAGAGUUAGAGAGCUUGAGAGUGUCACCUGCACAAAUAAUAAAGAGUUAUUCGUUCUCUCUAACGGACUCUGCCGGAUCUGUUGCUGCUCUUGACGCGGCCAGUGCGCCAUUUGAGGGAAGAGCUCCAGACGCUUUGUUUUUGUGUGCCGGAGCAUCGCGGCCCCGUUUCUUCAUUGAUGAUGAUACUGAAGCUCUGGAACGAGGCAUGAGGGACGCGUAUUGGAUACAAGCGUACACUGCGCAUGCAGGAAUCAAGAAGAUGGUUCGUCAAAAGGUCCACGGAAAGAUUGUAUUUGUGGGCUCAAUGCUCAGCUACAUGUCAUUUAUGGGCUGGUCGAAUUAUGCGCCAGGAAAACACGCGCUACGAGGUCUGGCGGAUGGCCUAGCUUCCGAGUGUCAGCUCUAUGAUAUAUCUGUUCAAAUGUAUUUCCCAUGCACGAUGGAAACUCCGGGUUAUGAGGAAGAGAAUAAGCUCAAGCCUGACUUACUCAAAAAGCUUGAAGAAACGGACAAGGGUAUGACCCCAGAGGCAGCCGCAGAGGCUAUGUAUAAAGGCAUUCAAUCUGGUCAACAGCAUAUUUCUGGGGAUCUCUUGACGUCCAUUUUCCGUGCUGGUACACGUGGCAUCACUCCUAAUCACAACCCCCUGGUCGACAGUGUUCUAGCUCUGAUUGCUUGGAUCGGCAUCCCUAUUUGGCGUUGGACGGUAGAUUCUGCUGUAAAGGGACACAAGAAAGAACACGCGGAGUACCUGGUAAAACAUGGACAUGUAGACUGA